CUUCUUUUCCACAAAUUCUCAUAAAGUCAUCAAAGGAUGGAGGAUCUCAAGGAACUCGUAAACAAGGUGAAUUCCCUCUUGGGCACCAACUACAACAUGAUUUCCUUCGACUCCCUGUCGGCGGAAGGAUUGAUUCAAGUGCUGGUGGACGUCUUGUCUCAGCUUCAGUGUUGUGAGCAUAUUGAGGUACGUGGAAACGAUUUCGAAGAGGUGAAUAAGAAAAUCAUUGAGUGCUUGAAGCGCAUUCAAUAUCGGCCUAGAGAGGAAUUCAACAAUAAUCCUGAGAUUUUCCGUCGAGGCUUGGCCAAUGGAGAAAAGAAAGUAAUCUAUCCUAUAAUUUCCUGGAUCUCGACGAACAAGGAGACAGUGAAAGAGGUCGCGUAUUUGUCCAAGUAUCUCAUGCCACUAAAUUUGCCCAUUGAAGCUCGUGCCAUCCCGGAAAUCUCACGGCUUUGGGAUCAAUAUCAAACGGUGAUGGAGGACUUUGUGGGCAUUCACAAGGCUUACAGUGUGGCUCAGGGUGAGGGAAACCGAGCCAAGGAACUAAAGAAUGACAUUGGCGCAAUUGAGACGGAGAUUGAGAAUGUGAAGAAGCGUUUGGAAAGAACGCAACUCAGACUCGAUAAGAUCCCACAGCAGGAGUUGUUCCUGGAAGCGGGACGAGCUCUGAGAAUUGAGAAGGAUCGCAAUAAGGAGCUGGAAGCACAGUUGGAGGAGCAAAAGAAGACCAUUGAGAGGAAUAAUUUACUCCACUCGAGACUCCAGAAGGAAUUGUCCACGGCUCAGAUGGCAACAGCAAGCACAGGACCUAAGAAUCUCCUCGACACUCUCGUGGAUGAGACGCAAGUGCUGGAUUUCAUGCUCAAGCAGAAACUGCCAGUAGAAUUUAAGGAGAAGCAAGAUGAGAUCCUGCUAAUGCAGCGUGUUUUGGAUGAGCCUAAGAUAAGUGAGGAUUACAUCACAGACCUGAACAGAAAGAUUGAGGAUGUAAAUCAGGAGGUUCAGGGCUUAGUGGAGGCCAGGAUGCACGAACAUAGUGCGCACAAUGACACUCUGGGGCCCUUCAAGCAACAAGCUGCCAUGGUAAGACGCAACAAGGAAGUCACUCUUGAGCAGCUGGACAAGAUGACCAAGGAACUGAGAGAAGUGAAUACCACACUCGAGGUGAAACAAAAGGAACUUCAGGACACAGUUGGCGAGGUGAUUCUGCGUGGAGACGAGCUCAAGAACUAUGUCAAUACUCUUCGUGCAAAAAGUUCGGUGUACAAACAGCAUCGGGCAGAGCUGGCUUCUCUACAAUCCGAGGAGAUGGACUUGCAGAAAACUCUGGACAACCUCAAGUCCCAAGACCCCUCACUUCAAGCAACCCUCAGUGAAACGGGCUCAACCGAGGAAGAUAUUCUCAGACCCAAUUCACCCCAGGAAACCCACGGAGUUGCUGAGCUCUCGAGACUCGUGGAAGGACUCUCAAGAGCCACAAUGGCUUCGAGGGAAAGAUUGGUGCCACUGUCGCAUAACGUUCGACCACUGAGGGAGAAGAUCCUGGAAUUGAAGGACAUUCACGAGUCUAAGAAGCAAGCCUAUGAUGCGCUCAGCGCUACUCUGAAGGCAGAAUCUGCCUCAAUGCAGAAGGACGUUAACGAGACAGAAACACUCAUUGGAAACUACGAGGAGGAGUGGCGAGAGCUGCAGCUGGAACAAGAGAGGAUCAGUCAACUGCUGAAGAGUAUCGGGGAAGAGGGCGGAGAUGAGAAAACUAGAUCAUCAGUGGCUGAAUCUCUGACUCAUCAAAUAAAGGACGAGGAGCGCUCCAUUGCGAGUCUGAAUGAAGAGAACCAGCGCCUUCUUUCGCUCAGGGAUAAGCGAGAGAAACAGAUGGAGCUCUGGGGAGACCUAAACAAGUUGCUCCAGGUGAAAAUCCAAUGCCAGCGAGAGAAGCAGAACCAGGGAAUCGGAGGGAUUCUGCACGUUGAUCGCGGAGCUGAGACAUUCACACUGCAGUAAUUGAAUUCAUUGCAAUGAAUAGAAUAUGAAUAGUGAAUGUAUUUACCGAAUUUAUCAUUUCAUCUCUGCGUCCCGCGAUGGAGGCUCUUUG